AUGAAUGAUGAGUACAGUGCUUUAAUUAAAACAGGGACUUGGGAUUUGGUGCCUAGGCAUGCGGGGGUGAAUAUUGUUAAUUGUAUGUGGCUAUUUAAACAUAAAUACAAGUUUAAUGGUGACCUUGAAAGGCACAAAACUCGUCUUGAAACUGUUUACAUGCAUCAACCUCCGGGUUUUGUUGAUCGGAGGGCUCCUUCUCAUGUCUGUCGGCUCCGCAAGGCUCUUUAUGUAACCCGAAAACCUUCUUAUUUGCUACUUUCGCAGGAAAAGUAUGCACAGGAAAUUUUAGAGCGUGCAGGGAUGGCCUCUUGUAAACCUGCAGCCACUCCAGUUGACACUAAGUCCAAACUUAGUGCAGAUGCAGGGCCACCUUUUCGGGAUUAUACAUUGUAUCGCAGUUUAGCAGGUGCUCUUCAGUACCUCACUUUCACCAGAUAUUUCCUAUGCAGUACAACAGGUGUGUCUCUUUAUGCAUGA